AGACCAGGAGCCGAAUGGGUUCGGACGACUGGAAGCACGAUACCUUGGUAAUCGAUGGCGUGUCCUACUCCGGGAUUACGGACAAAGAACUUUUCUUCAAAGCGAAGGAGCUCAAACUGCAGGAAGGCGACGUAGUACAGGUGGCGUUUCCGAAAUGCGGCACUCACUGGGUGCAGCAGAUCACACAGCUCAUUCUACACAAAGGAGAUGGACCGCGCAACUUCGAGGAGUUCCUGGAACGGGCCCCGUUCAUCGAGUACCAAGGUGAAGAAGCCAUCGAAGGAAUGGAGGCUCCGCGCACAAUGCGCACUCACUUGGCAUUUCGUCGCCUAUCGUUUGACCCGAAGGCAAAGUACGUCUACAUCGCACGGAACCCCUGGGACGUCGCCAUAUCCUACUAUCACUUCAUGAAGCCCAUGCCGGACUGGGAACUGCGGGACGCAGAUUUCGACGAAGUACUGGACGCCUUCCUCAGGGGGGACACCGGGUUCGGCAAUUACUUCAAGCACGUCGCGGAAGGCUACGCACUCAGGGACGAGCCCAACGUUUUCUUCAUGACCUACGAACAGCUGACGCAGGACAACCGCGGCACGAUAAUCAAGUUGGCCCGGUUCCUCGGCGAAGAGUACGGACGUCAGGUGGAAGAGGACGAAGAGUUGCUUCAAACGAUCCUAGACUGCAGCAGCGUGGUAUACAUGAAGAGAUUUCUCAAGGUCACUCAUCAGGACCUGGCGUGCCUUUUCGUCAGGAAUCCAGAAGUCCUAGCCAAGAUGGCGAAACUGGCGACGGAAGAAUCUCGCGCCAAGGCGAAAGAGGAGGUGAACUUCGUCCGCGUAGGGAAGGCCGGCGGGUGGCGGGAGACACUCACAAAAGAGCAGCUCGCGAGAAUCGAGGAAAGGAUACAGGAAGCGUCCAAGGAUUCUGACUUCAUGAGCCUCUGGACCAAGGAGAGGCAAGACGCCAGGAGUAUGAUCAACGCUUGACACUCAAUUUCGCGUGCCGUAAUAGUUGAAACAUUCAGAACUGUAUUGGUGCAAAUGUAAAAAAGAAUCAAACGACUUUUCCUAAUUACGAGAAUCACCACACUCGGAUGCUGUAACGAACAUUUCUACAACAUUUUUUCAAAACGUAGCACA